AUGUCGCAGUCGCCCGCCAAUGACGAAGUUGAAGUCGACGCCGAGGAAAGGGUGAGCGCGAUGCGCAGUUAUCAGGCGGUGUUGAAAAAUCCGCGUGUAUCGGACAAGGCCAAACACGAAGCCUCCGACGUAUUGAACAAUGAGUUGGGCUGGGAUACGCCCCGCCGCGAAGUCUACGCUGCGCAUGAACAUCCGAAUCCCUCAAGCGUGGCAGCCAGCAUGCGAGCGCUCAAUCCACACGGGAGGAACCACGAGCGUGCUGCGGAGCUGUAA